AUGUCGACCAUCGCGGCUGGUCGUUUUGCGAAAGACGACGUCGAUCAGGAGACGAAAUGGUGGAAGGAGUAUCCAUCGAAAUACUACGUUGAGCGUGCUCGUCCACAAAACUUCUACGACGAGUACAUUCAAAACACAUGGAGCAAACCAAAACGUCUCGCUCGUUCGGCUUCUUUCACCAACUUGACCUACAUCAAGGACAAGGAUAUGGACUAUCCGAUUCAUAAGUCUGAUUCAGUGUCCACGUUGGCUCCAUCUCUUGCCUUGCCGCAAUAUUGCAGAGAAGCUCAACGCAUCGUGCACACUGUUCCAGUUUACAAACCACACGUCUACGACUGGUACAACAAGAGCUACAGUGAUGCUCGUUGGAGAGACACCCAUCGUGAAGUGAACAAACCAUACAAGCCAUUGGACACCUACAUCUCGCCUGCUUCGUCUCACGUCCCAUACUACAGCUUCCAGACAAAACGUAUCUUCUUCGAUGAGAAGGCUCGUCAAUUGGCUCCAUACUUGAAGGAAUCACAACGUUACAUGGAUAGAUAUGUUUCUUCUCGUCUCAAGGCCGACGAUUUCGCCAACCGAUUCGCUUACACUGCUUACGAAUGGAGAAAACCACAGGAUCACGCUUUCAACCGCGAGUUCAUGACCACCCAAGGAGUUUUCGUCGCAACUCCAACCGCAAUUCCACACGAACACUACGACAAAUUGGCUCUCCGCCGUCUCUACAAACGUACCGGCCGUUUCUUCUUCUAA